UGUAAUUAUAAGAAUGUUUUCUUAUUUACCUUCCAAAGUCAAACAUUUUUUUAAUUGGGAAUUACAAGAGUAUAUUGGAACAUAAUAUGAUGGAACAGAAACAUUUAAUCCUUUUUCAAGUCCAUUUAAUAGGAUUAUAAAUGCUGCAUGGCAUACUAAUCCAGAUUCAACACAUCAUCAUACUAUAGAUUAUAGAUUAAUUAAAGCUAUUUGUGAUAAUGAUAUCAAUGAAGCUAAAUUAGCUAUUGAUUAAAAUCCUAAUUCUAUAUAAUCAACAAAAUAUGAAUUUACUCCUCUUUCUUUAGCUGCUUCAUUAAAUCGUACAGCCAUAAUAGAUUAUUUAUUAUUAAGAGGAGCAUAAAUUGAUGAAAUUGAUAAUCAAGGUCGUACUCCUCUUAUUUAAGCAGUUAUUAAUUGGCAAAUUGAAGCAAUUAAAACACUUACUGAAAGAGGUGCAUAAAUUGAUAAAAAAGGAAAAUAUGGUUAUAAUGCAAUAGAUUUAGGUAAUAAUAAAUAAUAUAAUUAGCAUAAAUAAGGGGAUAUGAAUAGAUAGCUAAAUUUUUGAUUUCAUAAAAUAAUAGACAUCUUAAAUUUACAUAUCCUAAAUUUGAUGUGACUCUUAAGAUUGAAAAAUAAAUAGAACAAUAUAAAGAGAUUACUAAAGAUAUUGAAAAUGUAGUAUUUGAACCUAAGAAAUUGCCAUUCAAUAAUUAUUAAGGAUUAUAUUAGAUUAAUUUAUUAUGA